CACAUGUCACGUGAGCGACCCGUUGCCCUAGCGACGUGCUCCUGGACCUUCAGCCGCUGGCAGCCGGUUGGACCUCCUAGAGAUCAUCUGCUGGAUCCUUACGCAGGGAUAUGGCUGUGUCCUUCCUCGGCCCGGCCGGGCCCUCCGAGGGCUUGUCCGAGGUCGACAAGAACACGGGGGAGCCUGAGAACACCUAUAUUCUGAGGCCCAUUUUCCAGCAAAGGUUUAGACCCUCCGUGGUUAAAGAAUGCAUCCAUGCUGUGCUCAAGGAAGAAUUGGCAGGCGCUGAAUAUUCUCCAGAUGAAAUGCCUCAACUCACAAAACAUCUAUCAGAAAUGAUUAAGGAUAAGCUAAAAGAAUUGGGAUAUGACCGGUAUAAAAUGGUGGUACAAGUGGUGAUUGGAGAACAGAGGGGUGAAGGAGUAUUCAUGGCUGCUCGCUGUUUCUGGGAUGCAGACACAGACAACUACACUCAUGAUGUUUUCAUGAACGACAGCUUAUUCUGUAUUGUGGCAGCAUUUGGUUGUUUCUACUAUUGAAUCAUUGGAAAGUGACUGUGACUUCGAGGAAAUUAACUUUUCUAUAUUGUUAAAUUUCCUGAUCAAAUAAAAAUAAGUUGGCACUUUGGUACCUAAAAUCUGUUAUGUUUUAUAUGUUUAAAUGGUUUGAUUUUAUUAUGCUAUCUGUGCCCUUUCUACAUUUGGAAAAAUAGAGGAAAAAGAAGGGGGAAAUUCAUUUUAAUAUUUCAGGUGACUAAAUACUUGGGUGUAUUUUCUAUUCAUUUUUCCUUAUAAGAUGUAAAAAAAUCAUUUAUAAAAUAAAUUGUGUGUCUUCACCCCUUA